AUGCAAAACUCAUCGCAGCCAAAGGUCUUGCCGCAGACUCAGAGUGAGAUUUCUGCUGAGGUGGAUUUGAUUGACCUUGACAGUCCCUCACCGUCCCCGAAGCCGGGAAAGAAACAAAAUACCUCUGGCUCGAAGGCGGUUGAUCCCCUCGCAGAAAGCCAGAUACCACAACUGCCUGUCACCGUGACUCCAAAGACAGUCCAGCCGAAAGCUUUCCCAAUCAUUCCGACUCAUUCCACUGCAGAAGCGCAGGGUAACCACCCAGAGGAUGAGAGAUCCGCGAAACUGGCUUCGCAGACACAAGUCGCUUCAGCAGAGACAAGGUACCAAGAUGGGCCAAAGCCUGACUGUAUUCUGAAGUUAGGAGACCUUUUUGGGGUCGACAAGGCUUCAGUAGCAUCGUUAUUUCCCACAACAACAUCUACCGCUGAGCGGAAUCAGGAUUUGGAGAGAAUCGCUCGACUGACAGGCGCGCAUAUCAAACCCCCUGUCGACAGUGAUACGGAAAUUUCAAUAUGGGGUACCACUGUCGAGGUUGAUGCUGCCAAAGUAAACCUGCAAAAAUUAGUGAUUAGAUAUCGUGAUCGGCUUCUGGCAAGCGAGAACCGACCAUCUUCUCCCGAUGCACGAGCUGUUGGGCCCAAGCUAUUAGCGCGGCCUCGUCCACAGAGACGUUAUCAGACAAGAAACAAGAAGCCUCAGCCUUGGAGCAGAUUGUCGGCCUAUCAUAGCAUUGAGCAACAAAAUCGAAAGCGGGCCGUGAUGGCAUUGGCGGAGCUCCGAAAAGCCCCCUAUCGACUGGAAAAGAUGAACAAACUGCUGUUCCUCUGGCCUGAUGACGGCCCUUCGCCUCAUGAGUGGCUGGGUGACGAUCUCGAAAAGCUCGACAAUCUCCGCUUAGAUCUUCAAUGCCACGUUUUUGUCGACGCUAGAAACGAGCGAAACAUUAUUGUCACAAGCACGGAUGGAUUCGAUACCGCGCAUGUGGUCGAUGUUCUCAGAACUGCAUGGAAAGAAGCAACGAGAGACAUCAACAUGCACAUCAAGAAGCUUUUGCUUGCGCCGAUGAAUGAGAAAGGUAGGGCAAUGGGCAUCGUAAUCGCAAAGGGCUUCGCUUUCUCGAGACCUUUACCGCAGGCGUCACAAGCCUGUGAGUCGAGCACCGCUGAUGGAGACUUGUCUCCCCUUGUCGAUAUUCAGUGUUCUCGGAAUGGCAAAAUCACAGAAGAAUGUCUACGAGCUUCAAUCUCCAGGAUCAAUCGGUACAAUGACACACUCAGACUGCGUUUCCGAUUUGGUACUUUCGUUCUGGAGAAGUACUGUUACCCAGAAAAUGGCACAGAGCUCUUCAGACCCGAUGAAUUUGAGGCGAUGAUCGGCCACACCGAAGCAAGAGGCCGCCUUGCCGCUGGAUUGAAGAUUGACACAAGUGAAUUGUUACGACGAUUUCGCCAUGCGAAUGAUGUGCUCGAGCCCAUCAACCAAGAGCGUUCUUUGGAAGAACUCGAGCUGAUGGAGCCAGUUCAUUCGGCGACAGUUGAGAUUCUUAGAAGCCCCGAUUCCCAGUGUCGAUUAGAGCUUUAUCUGAAUAAGAUCAGAUCAACCGGAGAAGUUGAGAUCAAGGGACAACGCUGGUUUCAAGCACGCCAAGGCGUAGACCGGCUGGUAGCGACUCCCUUACAGUUGGCAAUGAUUGACGUCAACCGGUACUUGAUAAUCGAACACUUCUUGACACGACAUCCACUGAUCAGCACUCCCAGGGCCGAUUGGCAAUGCACCAUCGAGUCGUUCAAGGUGGUACGAGACAGGGACCUGACCAAAGCACAGCAAGAGCUUGCGUCAGGUAUCCGUUUCGUCAGCACUUGUGACAAUCAGAAUUUCGGGGCGGCUGCUAAUAUGAGCAUCUUUGUCCCAAGAGGCACCAUGGAUGUGCGUAUCGUCAAGAAAUCGGCCUUGCUAUUCAGAGUUAAGAAGACAAACUUGACGCUCGAACUCUCCCGUUUCGAUGUCUACGAAAAGACCUCGUUUCUGAGGACGCAAUAUGGCGCCACCUUGCACGACCCAAAAUGGGACACUCUCAUGGAAGAGAUCACGAGCGCAAAAAGUGAUUCAAAGCCGUCCCCCACGGUCAGUUUUGAAGCAUUCUUCCCGAAACCAUCGGACAGCACACUGGGUGAAGACGAAGCCAAUGGUCUACAAUAUCUCUUGAUGACUGUCCAGAGGUUAGCUGAGCUGCUAGGAGGGCCAGAGUUAGGCUUAAACAAGAAGGCGAGGGGCGAGAAAAUGGCAAAUCUAAUCGAUCUGGAGCUGGGAACGCUUUUCUAG